AUGAUCGACAUUACUUGGGAUACGCCCGAGGCCAGCGGCCACAGCAAGGCAUCCACCAUCCAUGGCUGGGUGACCAAGAUGCGUGGCACGCUUGUAGACGACGAACGCAUUCGGAAGCGUGGUAUUCGCGAGAUGGAACAUGCCCGCCGCAUCCGGGAAUGGAAGAAAGAGAAGGGUGUCGCAGACCAAGGCAACGGCAACCUCCUCUUCUCUUUCCUCCCGAGUAAACCUCCGCAGCCCGACAAUCAGGUCAUGAUCGUCCGGCGGCACACGACCGCUGGUGCCCGCCAGACAAGCACGCGCAGUCAACCAUCCUCUCGCAGCGGCUCCCAACGUCGGCGCCACGACAGCCGCCCCCAGCUUGCUCAGAAGGCUUACUCAGCCCCGAACGGUCGUAUGCUCAAGGGCCCGACGCACUCGGGGUCGACUUCCCCGCCGAACGGGCAGCUGGUCAGGGCUGGCACGCAGGUCAAGCGGGACAGCGCAUCCGGGCAUCGCUCGGACCAGUACGCGUCAGGCGUCUCUGCCUCUUCCUGGUGGAAGCCAUCAGCGACACCACAGUAG